AUAAAUGAUGCUGUUGGGAGUUGGAUGAGCCACAUUUGCAUCGAUCGUUUCUCUUGAAGUUGGUGUUGCAGGACCUCUUUUCCAGUUCCAAGAAUGAAUUACUCAUUUCUGCUGAGCCUUUUGGCAUGCGUCUUGUUCGCAAGCACUGCAUCAGCUGAUUGCGAUGGAGCUCUCCCAAGUGAUGUAUGCAAACGCUUGGAAACCCUGGAAAAGAACAUGAAAAGUCUCGCCACAAAGUCUGUGCUGUUGGUCACAAAAGCCGUUGCAACAUCAGCCCAGAAAAACGCAGAUCUGUUUGCCAAAACUAUUGAGUUGAUCAAAGAUGCAAAACCAAAGCAAGGAAACGGAACCAAUAUCACAAAACUGAUUGAAGAGGUUGAGCAAAAAUUCAAAGCAAUUGAAGGCUCCCGUACACAGAUGACCAAGAAUGCAAUCAAAUCAAUUCAGGGUGCAGCAGCAAAGAUUGCCAACCUAAUCGAAAAAAUCAUUGAAGAUGCCGCAGAUGGGGAUCACUCUGAUCUCGACAAAUUGAAAAGGAGAAUCAAAGUCGCAGUGACAGCUGCGCAUCUGAAAAUCAAGGGAGCCGCCUUCAGAGCGAUACGCAGCGUCCAGCAAAGUAAUGCUAUAAUCGAGAGAUAUGUCGUAAACGUGUUGAAGAAACUUGGAAUUUCUGAAGCUGGUGCCGCUGCAUCGUUCGUUGACGCUGUAAGUGCGAAGGAGGACAUGGAGCUUGCUGAUGCUGCAGAGAAAGAAAUGGAGGCUGAUUUUGACAGUAUUGCAGAUGGGGCCUAUGAUCUAGUAGCAGUUUCCAACGACAAAAAUGUGAAACGAGGCCUCCUCCAAGACUUCUGGAACAGAAUAAAAUCAAAACUUGUGGCUCUUAAAGACAUUAUCAUGGAAGAGAUAAAAAAGGCAAUCGCCAUAAUGUGGCCUCAGAUAAAGGAAAAGCUCACUGAGGUUGUGCAAAUCAUCUUGAACACAGCAAAACAAGCCAUCGUCAACAUUGCUGGCCAGAUGGUUCUGGUGACUGUCCCUUCAUCUAUCCUCUAACUGGAUCAAUAGAUCUUAAUCAUUAAAUCAAACUUUAUCAAAAAAACAACCACUUAAUCAUUUACGAGAAAAGUGAGUAGAUCAUAGACAUAUCUUGAAAUUAAAAAUUAUCUGAAUAUUCAA